UUGCAGAUAUAAAUGUGUCAAUAGAGCCAGUCUAAGAGAGCCAGAGAAACAGUUUACUCUUAGUUUCAGUUAUUGGAAGAUCAUUGCAACAUAGUUAAUAAUGGACGAUGAUAUCCAUAUUGCAGUUCGAUCGGCAGUUGACGUUCAAAGAGUCGACAUUCUAAACGUGAUCCUUGAAGACUCAAAGUCGAAAGGAAUCCUCGAACACGUACUCAAUUCAACCCACAAAGGCAAAAGUAUCCUACACUACGCCAACGAUGCGGGCAACGCUGAUAUCGUGCGGACUCUUCUCGUCUCGUUCAAUGCAGACCCGAGCAUCAAAUCCGCCGACGAGGGACUAACAUGCUACCAGUCGGCAGUCGAGAAUCAGACUCUUUCCGACAUCUACCACUCGUACUUUUUGCAGUUAGUCACUAAUGACAAACUAGAGCACGUUAAACGGUGCAUUAAAGCGGGCAUGGAUUGUAAUCAGCAGUACCCAAUUGAUGGUGCAUACUUAUUGAACUGGGCGUGUCAGUACUCCAAGGAAGAUAUGGUUCGAUGUCUUUUGGAAAAUGGCGCUGAAGUUGAUGUAAUUGACUCGGAUGGCCUGACAGCAUUGCACGUGUCAGUCAAAAGUGGCAACGAGGGCGCAAUUAAAGCCCUGAUGAGUCAUUCGGUCAAAAGUGACCCUACUAUUAGGUCGCCUCAUGGGGAUUAUCAAGGGUUCACAGCCCAAGAAUUGUGUCAACGAUUAUGUCCUCAGUUUGAGCACUAUUUUAUCAGCUCAAAAAUUGAGGAAUCUGAAAGCGGAAAUUCGAUUGCCGACGAACAUGCUUUAAGUCCAGAUAGCUCGAACCUAAAUGACGACCUUGUUAAUUCAGCUGAAGAUAAGAUGUGGAAAGGAAAGCUGUCAAUCAUGACGUCAUUCUCAAAAGAAGAACCAGACGAAAGUGAUGACUCAUCAGUUGUGCCAUCGAAAUCCAAAACUGAAAACAUGAAAUGUUUCGAAGCUUUUAAAACUAUGGUUGGUUUGAAAUCGGCAGCGAAUGUAGAUAAGAACAUUUUGGGCCUCUGUCCGCUCCCAAAAAUUGUGAAAACUCAGGAAAGAAUCGAAAAUAACAGUGAGGUUGCCGUAAAUUCUUUCUCUGAAAUUUUAGUCUCGUUUCAAAACUUCGAUGAAUGGCAGAAAACUUUGGAUUUAGUGACAAUGAUGUUGAAUUCAUUAUCGAGACUUGGGUUCAAGAUCAACGCAUCCAUGCUUCCUAAAUUGGACCCUUCUAAACUGAGGGCAUAUCAAUAUCCGUUACAUAUCAGUUUAAUCGAUUCCAAAUCUGUUUCGAAACCCGGAAAGUAUACUUUAACUUUUGAACAAAAUUUCUGCAACAUAAAAUGUUAUUCCAUAGAAGGAGCAAGAAAUGGUUUGGCUACGUUCGUGCAGUUAUUGAGUGAACGACGAAUAGAAUCAUCAAUUAAUUUAGGAAAAGUUGUGUAUGACAACGCUGUCUUGGAAACCCGAGCAGUCAUGUUUGACUUCGAAAUGUGGCUUGCAUGGAAAACUGGGAUCCUAUACGAAGUGCUUCUAAUUUCAAGUCUUCUCAAAUACAACACAAUUGUAAUUCCGUUAUCAAAUGACCUGAUCACUAUUUUCGGCGAUUCAAUUGAAGUGAUUUGUCAGAAGCUUGUUGAAACUAUAAUCCUGGCGGAACGUUUCUGCCUCCAAGUAGUGCCUUACCUAGAGAUAACGUCUGACCAGAUCAACCAGGAAUCGUAUCGCGAAAAGGUCCAGUUUUUCAAACAGGUUUUGUCCUGUUUUAACAGAAAGAAUAGAACUAUUUUUGGACCUGUGUUCUCGACGUUUUUGUGUGAACAUCAAGAUUGCAAGGAUUACACGUUUUACACCCUGGGGUUGAACGGCAACGAAGAUGUAUUGGUUUUCUGUGCCAAUGACGUUGCAACGGCUAGAAGAAUCGGAGAUAUAGCUAAUGAUGCGACCGUUUGCUGCUCUGAGCCGGACAUUUUGAUGGAAGCUGUAUGUCGUGGCAUGCGACUGAUUUUGAGGUCAGAUGACGAAAGUGCAAACAGGAGUUUGGUUGCAAGAGCUGAGCUGACUAAACUGUUCUCGUGUGUGGAGGAAACUUCAUUCUGUGAAGGCUGCCUAACUGUCUGCUCAUUUGCUACCGAGUCAGUUCCUCUUUUCAUCUCGUGCCUUCCUCGACUCUUGGUAAACUCCGAGUUCAGCUGGAACGCCUCGACAUCCAGGGCAUCACAUUCGUCUUUCCACAGUAUAGUAGACAAACUGAUUUUCAACCAGGCACCUGGAUUCGCUAAUGCACUCAAUGUCUUAUCAAAUGUAGAGCGAACUUUGAUGACAGAUAAAGAGACAAGUAGGACAAUCGAUGGAUGUGGUGACGGGGAAUCCGGAGUUGGUGGGACAUGCAGUCCAAUUUUGAGGUGGCUAGAGGAUCCAGGGGUGCUUUCAGUAGAUAGAUUGGACCCUCAAUCGAUAUCACAAGCUGAGAAAGACCUAAGGUCGAUCUUCUCGUUCAUCGAAGUCCAUUUGCAGCCAGCGCAGGUCGGAACUCCCGUUACUGGAACAAUUGCACUUCCAUACAACCCAAAACUGGCAUAUCAGACUCAGGCAUUCCUAUUCCAGCUACGCGCUUGUGCCAGCAUUGCUCUUUUCACAGUAAAACUCCUGAAGAGCCUUUACUUUGCUGGACGGAACCCGGCUGCCUCGAUGACACAACCGUCCAAGAAAAUGGCGAACGGAGAUGUCGCAACGGGAAAAUUGACAUCACAGACUAGUCCUCAAAAUGCUGCUGAAAAAUAUUUUAUGAAUGGCCCGCUCCUAGAAUCCGUGAACUUAGGAGUCGAGAGUUUGAGUUUGCAAGUGAAAAGUGACCUUGCAAAUCGGUUGAUUGUUGCAAUGAAUGAUUUGAAACUGAUUGCCAAACAGGAUUUGGAUGACUCUGCUUUCAAAAAAUACAACCAGGAUGCAUUCACGCAGAUUUUAGACCAGUUCGUACAAGGGAGACAUACAGGCGCGUCUCAGAUUUAGUGCUUCAUCAAUAUUACGGGUGUAGAUUGUCUUUUUAAAUAUUCACUCUAAAUUUAAAAAUUAUUGGGUGUUAUUGUAUAGCUGUCAGUCCAGUAUUUGUUUAAUCAUUGAUUUACAGGAGAGCAAUACUUUACCUUUGGACGCGAAUCGAACUCAACUUAGGGCUCUAUAAUUAUAUACGAAAUACCUGUUUGAAAUGUAAGCUAUGCUUUGCCCGAAGGUUGAAGUAAAAUGUAGUUCGCUUUCCAUGUAGUUCCAUUCCAUGAAGUUUUUAGUUCGCCUUGCUCCAUGCCACAAUAUUAGAGAUUUUGUAACACCAUAUAAACUCCAUAACUUUCUCCCUGUGAGCUCGAAGUUCGCUUGUACCAGUCCCUUGUGGUCCGAUCUUGGAAAUUCUUGCCAAGAUCAUGGAAGCAAGUCAACUCAAGUCAAGUUCUUGCCAAGUCAAUAAAGACCAUGCAAGAUAUCCAAGACCCAUGCCAGACGCUGACAUGAUA